GCAAGUUUGCUACGCUAGCUCUACGCUAUUGACCACAGCCGUAAAUUGGGCUACUGCGGGUCACCGCGUCGUCAGAAGUUCAUUACAGUGUCCACGCUGCACCAUACGAGCGCGCGCUUGAAAGUCACGUAGCGCCGUCGCCCGUGCAAGGACCCCUGGUACAGCACCCCUAGAAAGCUCCUCAUUUGGUGCGAGCAACGAUGUGGCGCCACGCCAGCCGACGAAUAUUACAAGCCGCGCGACAGACGCGCACGCUCAAGUCCCUGAUCAAGAAACGCCCGCAAGACGACGACGCCUUGCUGGACACGCUCCGAUCCUGCACGCAACUCUACGAGUCACAUAUAGCCCCAACAAAUGACACAACCAUGGGACCCUUAGAAAGGAAUUAUCAACCGACGAUGCUACCCUUCGUCCUACUCCUAGGCAACCACUCCUCCGGUAAAUCUUCCUUCGCGAACUACGCGUUAGGUCGACGAGUCCAGCAAUGUGGAGUAGCCCCAACAGAUGAUGGAUUUACGGUCAUAGCGCCCGGAGAAGAAGACGCGGACCAGGACGGCCCCGCGUUAGUAUCAGAUCCGGAUCUCGGCUUCGAGGGCCUCCGGCAAUUUGGUCCUGGUUUAGUACAACAUGCUAAAUUAAAACUGAGAACAGAUCUAGCAGCAACGAAUUUCUGUCUCAUCGAUUCGCCGGGCAUGAUCGACGCGCCUGGUGGCUCUACUCUAGAUCAUGGACAUGAAAGAGGCUACAACUUCGAGGCGUCGGUCCGUUGGUUCGCCGACCGGGCCGACGUCAUCCUGCUGUUCUUCGACCCGGACAAGCCGGGCACGACGGGCGAGACGUUGUCCGUGCUGACGAAUGCCCUGUCGGGAUGUGAUCAUAAAUUACACAUCAUCCUCAACAAAGCUGACCGCUUCGAAAAAAUUCAUGAUUUCGCGAGAGCCUACGGGGCGCUGUGCUGGAACCUGUCGAAGGUGAUUCCAAGAAAGGACUUGCCGCGCAUCUACACGACGUGUAUCCCGCCGGCCGAAGGGGAAGUGCGCGAGGGCCACGGCGACUUAGCGAACGGUCUGGAAGAUUUGCGACGAACUAGAGAUGAUGUCAUGGCCGAGGUGUUUCGUGCGCCGACGCGUCGAGUGGACAACGCCGUUACUAGACUACGAGAUGCGGCUUCCGUGCUCUUGAUGCAUUUAGAUGUGUGUUCCGCGGCUCGGAGCGCGCGGCGGAAGGAGUUGUUUGCGUUGUAUGCCCCUUCAGUGUUAGCGGCGGCCGCAUGUGUAAGUGGCGCCGGCGGGUUGUUCGUUGCCGGUGCGGUCUCGCCUGCCGUUGCUUGUGGCGCGGGCGGCUUGGCGGCGACGGCCGGUCUACACUACCUAAACGCGAAGAACUGCCGGCGGAAUCUCGAAAGGCUGGACUCGCAGGAGGGCCUGGAUUCGUUGUACCGCAAGAUCUACGCCAAGGAGAGCGUGCGGGGCGACGGCGAGUCGCUCGCGACGUGGCACGUCGUCCGGCAGCAUCUGCUCGAGAAGGUCGUCCCCGUCGGCGGCGCGGCGUUGGCGCCGGCGGCGCCCAUGGGCGCGCACAAGAAGCUCCGGAAGAUUUUAGAUGUGGAGGCGCCGCGGCUGCGGCGGCAGGCGGCGCCGGCGACCUACCCGAACGUGCGGCACGACGACGGGUCCGAGGCGGCGGUGCCGUGACUAAUGUAACAUUAAAACAUCUUACGUC